UGUUUUGGUUCCUCUCGGUCCUUAUUCUUCUUCUCCGACGCCUCUCAUCGUCCUCCCAUUCUUCUCGCUCGCCUACUCUCUUCCUCGUACUCAGUUUUCUUUGUCUUAAUCUCUCUAUUCAGAUCUAACCUCUCUCACACUGUACCCACAACCUCGCUCUUAUCCUCCGGUCGGUUCUGCGCGUGCUCCAGCGACGGGUUUCUUAGCUCUUUUCAUAUUCCAUCAGUAACUAUAUUCGACUGGAGGUUUUAUGUCGUGGCUGAGUCCGAAGCAUUGCAUUCUUGAAGAAUUAACCUGUAUACGCUAUGGGUGCAAUCCACUGAAUCUGGUGAAGUCGCUGCUCCUUGUUUUGGUGGGUUCAUGGCUGAUCAUUCUUUAAUCACAAAUGAUCUUUCUGUUACUCUAUCUGACCCUUCUUUAGUUAUUGGGCAAGAAUUUCCUGAUGUUGAAACUUGCAGAAGAACACUGAAGGAUAUUGCUAUAGCAUUGCAUUUUGAUCUACGGAUAGUAAAAUCAGAUCGUAGCCGUUUUAUUGCCAAAUGUUCUAAAGAAGGUUGUCCAUGGCGUGUUCAUGUUGCGAAGUGCCCUGGAGUUCCAACCUUCUCAAUUAGAACUCUUCAUGGGGAGCAUACAUGCGAAGGUGUUCGCAAUCUCCAUCAUCAGCAAGCAUCGGUUGGCUGGGUUGCUAGAUCUGUAGAAGCACGUAUUCGCGAAAAUCCACAAUAUAAGCCGAAAGAGAUCCUGCAAGAUAUUCGUGAUCAGCAUGGAGUUUCUGUGUCUUAUAUGCAAGCAUGGCGUGGGAAGGAGCGCAGCAUGGCAGCACUACAUGGAACUUUCGAAGAAGGAUAUCGCCUUCUUCCUGCAUACUGUGAGCAAAUAAGGAAAACCAACCCAGGAAGCAUUGCUUCUGUUUUUGCUAUAGGACAAGAAAAUUGUUUCCAGCGCCUUUUCAUUUCUUAUCGUGCAUCUAUAUAUGGGUUUAUAAAUGCUUGCCGGCCUCUCUUGGAACUUGAUAGAGCUAAUCUUAAAGGAAAAUACUUGGGUUCAAUACUUUGUGCAGCAGCUGUUGAUGCAGAUGACGCACUAUUUCCCCUUGCAGUUGCUAUUGUUGAUGUGGAAAGUGAUGAAAAUUGGAUGUGGUUCAUGUCGGAGUUGCGGAAGCUUCUUGGAGUCAACACUGAUAACAUGCCUAGACUUACAAUACUAUCUGAAAGACACAAAGGCAUUGUAGAGGCUGUAGAAACACAUUUUCCAAGUGCUUGUCAUGGUUUUUGUCUGCGUUAUGUUAGUGAAAAUUUCCGUGAUACUUUCAAGAAUACGAAGUUGGUGAAUAUUUUCUGGAGUGCUGUUUAUGCCCUUACAGCUGCAGAAUUUGAGGGCAAGAUAUCUGAGAUGAUUGAAAUUUCACAAGAUGUGAUACCAUGGUUUCAACAUUUCCCUCAUCAACUUUGGGCUGUUGCAUAUUUUGAGGGUGUACGAUAUGGCCAUUUUAUGCUGGGGGUAACAGAAUUGUUGUAUAACUGGGCUCUUGAAUGUCAUGAACUACCUAUUGUGCAGAUGAUGGAGCAUAUUCGUGAUCAGUUGACAUCUUGGUUUCAUGAGCGCCGGGAAGUGUGCAUGAGGAUGGCCUCAAUUCUUGUACCAUCAGCUGAGAAGAGGAUUUUAGAGGCAAUUGCUGAUGCUCGAUGUUAUCAGGUACUUCGUGCUAAUGAAGUUGAAUUUGAGAUUGUGUCAACUGAACGCACAAAUAUCGUGGACAUACGAAGUCGUGAAUGCUCAUGUCGUCGUUGGCAGAUUUAUGGUUUACCUUGUGCACACGCGGCUGCAGCACUUAUUUCUUGUGGACAGAAUGCCCAUCUAUUUGCCGAGCCUUGUUUCACGGUGGCAAGUUAUCGGGAAACCUAUUCGCAAAUGAUAAAUCAUAUUCCAGAUAAAAGUCUCUGGAAUGAACCCGGCGAGGGAACCGAGGGUGGAGGUGCCAAGGCUGAUCUUGUGAUAAGCCCACCCAAAACUCGCCGACCACCGGGGAGGCCCAAAAAGAAGGUUCUACGUCUAGAGAACUUCAAACGCCCAAAGAGAGUUGUCCAAUGUGGUCGUUGUCAUUUGCUAGGACACUCCCAAAAGAAAUGUUCAAUGCCAAUUUAAUUCUUUGUUAGUCUGGAACUUGCUGAAGAAACGACAGUGUGUGUACUCUGUAGUCUUGCUGUAUGUCGUAAUUCUUCAUUUUUCAGUAGCAAAGCAUUAGUUUUUUUUUUUUUUUUUUCAGAAUUAGCUCUCUUUUAUGUGUCUGGGAUCAGCAUGUUUCUUAGUCACAGUAUUGCAGAAGCAAUAAUUGAAUGUUUCUGAGUUACAAUACUGCAGAAGCAAUAAUUGAAGUUAUUAUAAGAUGAACUUGCUUUCCAAUUUUC